GUUUCUUGAAAAAAAGUCUUUCAAUGUUUCACUCUGUGUUGGACAGAUUUUUGUAAAACAAGGGUCUCACAUUCUGAAACGAAAAUAUAGAUUUCUAAUAUUCCGUUUCUUUAAAGUGUACCUCUGUAUAAUUUAACUGCGCGAUUACAGAAUCGCAGAAGAAGAAUACAUUUCCCAUAAUGCCGCGUAAUGUUGUUGCGUUUUCCAACAUGGCGGCUUCAGGAUGCGUCUUCCGGAGAACCUUCGGUCGAUCGAGACCCGGUUCGGUCCAGGCUUCCUCUCCUGCGGUUUGUCGAGAGACUCUUUAUGUGUUGGAGCUGCAGCGCUACAGUCGAGACCAGUGCUCAGCUAUCUACUUCCCUCAAACAGUCUUUUGUAAUGACUACCUGUAUGACAUCACAUUGUCAGAUGGGGACUGUCGGCUCCGUGUGACUCUGGAUCCGUCUAUAAACCAGCUGGUGGAGCAAAACGUCAUUCACGCUGGUUCUGCUCUGAAACGUACCUCCUUCUGUCCCGCCAUAACUGCACCCGUCCCAGCAUGCCCUGGUGCAUCCGCAGACAGGUACAGGCUAGUGAGUGUGGAGGUCAGAAGUCAAGUUAUUCACGAAGACGAGGGGUUGGUUAAUGUGGAAUGGCACAACCUGCCCUGGUAUGGGUCCUCAGAGGAAGCAGGACCUUUGACUCCUUUGAGAGCCAAGCGGAACCUUUUCCUGCCCAUGUGGAACAACGUGGACUACUAUGGUGAUUCAUGGUUGGACUCUCCACUUGCAGAGGGAGAUUCAGAUGAAGACGAAGUUGAAGAGCAACUACCUGCUGUCACUGUGACUCAGCUGCGUGAGAGAUUCUUCUCCAGAGGUCGAGGCUUGAGUAACGGGAGGACUCUGAUCGUACGCAUCACCAACAAAUCCCACCUGUUGUAUUACGGCCGGACGGAGCAAAAUUGCGAGUGUCCAUACAAGGCCAUUUUAGAUGUGUGUGACCCGACUGGAAGUGUCAGUGUAGUCAUGUGGAACAGUUUGUGUGUCAGAUGGUAUCGCUGUUUGAGGCCUGGUGAUGUCAUCAGUCUGAAAAACUACAAAGUGAAAAAGAGUUUUGAGGCAGACGGUGACGACAUUGAAAUCAGUUUGAACAGCCGAAAUCCUACCGCACACAUCAGGAUCCUUCCAGACUCCCUUGUAUCACCAGAGUUUCUGCCGCCGCUGCCAACAUACAACUUCUCCAACAGUCAGCAAAUCCUGAAUCGUCCAGCCGGAACCAUCUGUGAUGUCAUCGGUCUGCUGAUGUUCUCAGGUCGUCCAGAGCGAAUGCGAAAUUCAGAUGGCCGAAGGACAGAGUUGUUGGAGUACCGCUGGUUACAACUAGAGGACGGAAGCAGUGAUAAGCCAAUAAUGGUCAAGCUCUUCUCCACAUCUCAGCCUGACAUCCAUUGCAAGCUGUUUCCAUUGUCUGUCAUUGUUUGUACUCGGGUGAAGGUGAUCAAACCUCCUGCCUUUGGUAGUGGCUGCUGCUACUUGACGAACACCACAUACACACAGGUGUACUGCACAGGUCAGGGUCAUCACUCUAAAAUGAGUUAUCGCACGCUACAGCCGGUGAAACAGUUCAUCCAUUGGCUAAACACCCUGGAUGAGGUACAGGUGAAAAGCCGGGCACUGUUUGGCGGAUACUUCAUUUACCCACCUCCCUCCACCUCCUUGGAUGCCUUCGUCAAGGCGACUCAAGGGAACCUCGAUUUCCUUCAAGGGGCGGAGCUUCAUCGGGAGAUGGGUAGACUUCACUAUCGAGAACGCCGCAGGUUUUGCUUUCAGGCCGUCGUCGUGAUGGUUGCUUACUGUAACCGAGGGCAGGAACACCAUAGUCUGUUUUGGAUGGACAGAUCAUUCCAGUUGUCCCCUGCCGCCACUCAGCUCUCUUCACUCUUCUCUCCUCAUUCAUCUCGACCUCCUCCGUCCUCCCCCUCUUCCUCCUCAGUCGCUCUGUCUUCAGUUGUCGGUCAGGUGACGCCACGACUUCAACGGCAGCUAGCAAGAAAGAGACGUUUGUCCCUGCAAACUCCAACACCAAGUAAGAGAUGUCCUCAGGUGGCGUUACAACCAGAGCCUCACAACAAAACAGACCUUCUUUUUGGAGCAUCCAUUGAAUUUCUGGACAAUAUCCAGUCGGAUGAAGAAGCCAAUGAUGUUGAUGAGGCGCCAUCUUCUAUGAACACACUUCAAACUCCUCCGUCGUUUUCUCAUGUUGCCAUCGAGACGCUAACAAUGCGCUUUGACCAUGAGCUCAGGGAAGAGCAGAUGCACUCCAUAGCGAUGGGAGGUAGACCAAGAGAUGGUUGGGUCUUUGACUCAGAGGACUACUACGCACUGAGGCUGAGAGCUUUAUCGGAUGGUGCAUUGAUUGACGCUAUCUUCCGUCCAUCUUCUGAAACUCCAACUAUCCAUCAAGCACAUUCUAACACCUGGGUGUCCAUCUUGUCUCACGGAGCCUUCUCCUCACACACACCCCCACCGUCACCAAGUGACCUCAUCGGAAUGGCUGGUCAGCUGACCAAUCAGAGGUUGGUCUGUGUGCUAGAAGUGUGCCACCUGGGCGGAACCAGCACAGAAGCGAUCCUGAGCCGAGCCUUCCAGCUGACAGACUGACGCUUAUUUACAAAAUCCAGUGCAGAGGCGCAUGUCCAGACAUUUGCUGUGUUCCAGAACUGUAACGUUGUUGGAGAAUACUAGGGGUGGGAUUCGAUAAAAAAAAAAAUAAAUCUAAAAAUUAAUCUCAAUUAAUCGCAGUUUAAUGGUAUAAGAAUAUUUGUCACAAGAAGCCACAUUUUUGAAUUUGAAUGAAUUUGGGAUAUUACUGAAUCAAAUGAUGGACCCGUACAUACAUUUAAACGACAAAAUAUUGUUUAUUUUGCAUCAGUUUGACAAUAGCACACUAAAUCACGAUGGUGGCUAUAUUCAAGUUUUUAUAUCACCUUAUUUAAACUAAAGCUCUUUUAAUGUCUUUCAAUUUCAAUUUUAUAAGAAUUUCAAAUAUAUCGACUUCUAACUUUUUUUCCUCUAAAGCUUGUGAAUGCAUAGCAUUGUUUGAUGCUUAUAUAGAAGUGUUUCUCUAUUGUAAUUUUAUGUCAUACUGUGUAUAGCUAAUAGUGGCUAUUGCUAGCCAGAUGGAUGCCUGCCACGCCAUUUAUGCUUCGGUUACUGAAACGCACUGUACCCGGCUGUGAUGCCAUUCACAGCUCUGACUUUCUAUUUAUAAGAUAACUGGAAGGCAGCAAUAGUGUCAGGAGGGAUAAAAUGCUUUUUCAUGAAGGUUUUUCGUGCCCCAUAUUUCAGGAAAAAAGAAAGAUGUUUUUAAAGAGAUGUUUUCAAAAACCUGGUGUUUCCCGCCAACUUUCAGGUCUUAAUCAUUGUGUUCAAAUGGACAGCUUGGGUUUCUGUGAUACUAUAAGAAGCUUGUUGUGCAGAUAUGCCAUGCAUAUUGAGUGUGCAUUGUUCAUUUAAAUUGAGUCUAUUCUGCUUGUUCCCAACUGGAGUAUCGCGGGUCUGAAGCCUCUCCCUGAACAGCUCACCAGCCUGACAAAGGGCACAUAUAAACAAACAUUCACACCUAUGGACAAUUAUGUUUUGGAACUGUGGGAGGAAACUGGAGUGCCAGCAGGAAACCCACACAUUGUCAAGCCCUCUACAAAGGAGCACACAAAUGGACUCACAAAAAUGUUCCCCCUAAAAUUGUUUUUGAAUAUUUUAUUCCAGCACAUAUAACUGCCAUUAUAGAUGGUAACUGUAUAUGUUGUGUGUACAAAGUGUAUUUUGUCUUUUUAUUAAUAAAGUCAU